AAAGGAAGCAUUCAACGAACGUAAUAAGAAGUUAAGAAAUUCAAGAUGUCUCGUUUCAUUUUUGCUUUAUUCGCCAUUUUGGUAAUCUUCUCUGCCUCUCAGUCUUCGGCUGACGCGAAGUGCCCCGAAAAUGAAGUUUGGAAUUCGUGUGGUUCAGCUUGUCCACGAACUUGCGAACAGCCUAAUCCCAUUUGUACCUUGCAAUGUGUUAGGCGUUGUCAGUGCAAAGGAGAUUUGGUCAGAAAUAAUGACGGAAAAUGUAUUCCUCUUAAAGAGUGCUAAUUAUCUCCAGAAAAAAUUGUAUACCUUGGACACGAUGUUAAACUAUAUUAACUUAAUUGCUUCUUUCAAAUUGAUCACUUGUGAUCUAACAAAGAUCGAAUUAUACUUGCUACUCUGUUUGACUUAUGUAAUAUUGAAAUAAAAGUUUUUUCUCAAUUGUA